CCGCGCAGCUCGGACGUCUGUCCACCGUCUAGCCGUUUACGUGCCGUGGAAUUUUCGCCUCGAAAACAAAAAAUGAAAAAGGUAGAAUCACCCCUGGAUGUGCUCUCGCGCGCAGCAACGAUGGUGCAGCCGUGUCCAGCUUACCCCGCUAGUGAUUCGGAUGGUUUUGAAACUCCGAGUACGGCCUCUAGCGGCGAAUCGGAGGGUGACCGCACGCUGUCCCCUGAGGCGCCGCGUGCGCAGACCAAGGAGCUCACCGGAAAGUGGAGGCGAGAACGGCGCUCCGUGCGCCAGCCGGAAUACAGGCCAAAGGAGAAUGGCAAAAUGGCGCUACGAUCACAAUCGUUCAACGAGCGUCGUAGCGUACCAUCAUCAAUUGCGCGUGCGCAGCGUCAUAGCGACGGUGAACUGUCUGACGAAAUUGACGAUGCACCCGCAAAUCUAGCGCUCAAUGGUAAAGCUCCACCAGAAUACCCUGGAAUGAAGCAUGAAGCUCCCAUUGAUAUGCGAUUGCGGUCAAGACCGGCACCACCUCCCUAUAAUAGACCUUCAGUUAUAAAGAGCAACGAUUCUCCUCCCGGUUCCAUGUCUAUGUGUGAUCCUGUCAUCGACGAGCACUUCCGACGCUCCCUAGGCGACGACUACAUGAACCUGUUCAAAAAGAACUCGCCAGCGGAAAACUCACAACCCGGUCCCAAGCCCAACACUAAGGACCGAGCCAGUAGCCCAAUACAGUUCAAGAUCGAUGAAGAUCCGAAGCCAGCAAAAAUAAUCGCAAUGGAAGUUGACGACGCCAGCCUCUCGGUAGACGAUCACUUCGCAAAAGCCCUUGGGGACACGUGGCGUCAGAUCCAAACGUCGAGAUUAAAAGACAAUGAAAAGCAAACAUCCAAGGGCGGAGUAGACGACCACUUCAGCAAAGCAUUGGGUGAAACGUGGAAAAAAAUACAAGCCUCAAAACUAAAUAUCGAAGAAGAUAAAAAAGAUCAGACCACGAAAAUCAUCACAAGGAGUGGCGUUGUUAUAUAAUGACGUCAUUAAUCACUAGGCGGUUCGGUUUACGACUCCGUAAAAAUUUACAGCUUUACGAUUCUAACUGGAGUAUCAAUAAAUUACCACUUGUUUAACCUAAAGGUCGCCUCUAUUGUGGCACGAAUUUAUCGUUUUUUUCAAUUGAUAUCCAUGACAAUUCUGUUACCUUAGGCUUUGGGUAUACGAGAUCGUUUCUUUGAUAUAGUCAAAUAUUAGUCACCAUUACACGCUAAGUUAUUACCUCAAUUUAUGCGCUUUGCACAAUUCACUAUUUAGACUAAGUUAAAACGUCUUGUAAAUAUACAUUUUUAAUUUUAAAGUGAAUUCGAAUAGUUGUUGUAUUCGGUAGGAUAUUUGUAUUAGUUUUAGUAUUUCGCUAAUUUCUCAUUUCGUGAUGUUCCUCUACAUAUAAUGUUCAUAAAAUUAUUUUACUAAUUUGAAACGUUCGUUUUUCAAAAGUAUGAAAAAAAACUGUUGUACAUAAUAAUAAAAAAAAAAAUGAU